AUGGCCGCGUCCUCCCCGAGCGCCGCCACCUGCGCCGAGAGCGCCGUCGCCUACACCGAGAGUGCCUCCGCAUCCGCAUUGAGCACGGCCGCACCCGCCGAGAGGGCGUCUGCGGCAGCCGACAGGGCAGCUGCAGUAGCCGAGACGGUUGCAGCAGCUGCUGCGACAGCGGCUGCAAAUGCCGAGAGCGCUCGAGCUGCCCUCCGACCCGCCGCAGCUCCGCCCACCACCGCCCCGCACGCCGCCGCCGCUCCGUCCGCCACCGCCCUGCCUGGCUCCGUCCGCCACCGCCCCGGCCGCACGCCGCCGCCGCUCCACCGCUCUCACCGCUCUCCGUUGGCACCGAAGAAGACGCCGAAGGGCAAGUCGGGCUUCUUCGGUGUGAGGCAGAAGCCCUCCAGUAACUUCGUAGUGGAGUUCUCCGACGCCGGGAGGCGUUGGUGGAUCGGCACGUACCCCUCCGCCCACGAGGCCGCGCGUGCCUACGACGUGGCGGUGUGA